GCAGCCUCCACGUGUCGGGGGAGGGCGGGGGUGAUGGCUGAUCGGAUCCCAGCGGAUCCUGCUUCUCGCCUGCUGCUGUCUCAGGAGCGGCUUGAGAGGAAAGCAGAGGAGAAAAUAAAACAAUGGCUUUCCUUGACUGGAAACUAUGUACCAUGAAACUUCUCUGUGUUGCACUUGCUUUUGGUUUGGCUUGCCAUCUGGUUACUGCUACAUUGUCAAAGACGGAUGCCAAGAAAAGUGCUUCAAAAGCGCUGGAGGAAAAGACAGUGCAUUCAGACAAAACAGUACAGGACCGGGGUCUGGUAACAACUGAUCCGAAGGCGAAAGAUAUUAUAUUGGAACACAAAAGUUACUGUGCCAAGAAAGUGAAGGAGAGACACUUCUCAGGAGAUGUUCUGGGAUAUAUCACCCCUUGGAACAGCCAUGGAUAUGACAUUGCUAAAACGUUUGGAAACAAGUUUACAUCCAUCUCGCCAGUCUGGCUCCAAGUGAAAAGAAAGGGCAAGGAACGGUUCCAGUUCAGUGGGCUUCAUGAUGCUGACCAAGGCUGGAUAAAGGAUGUCAGAAAAAAUGCUAAAAACAUCAAAAUAGUUCCUCGAAUCUUGUUUGAUGGCUGGUCUUACCAUGACUUCGAAAGUGUUUUUGGCAGUGAAGAUGAGAUAGAAGAGCUCUCCCAGGUCAUGGUUCAGCUAGCUAAGGAUGAAAACUUUGAUGGCUUUGUAGUUGAAGCCUGGAGUCAGCUGGGAAAUCAAAAGCAAAAGGAGCUGAUUCAUCUACUCACUCACCUCUCUGAAGCAAUGCAUAAGGCACGACUUAAGCUAACACUGGUCAUUCCCCCUGCUGUCUCACCAGGGAGUAACCAGUUGGGAAUGUUCACAAAAAAAGAAUUUGAUCAACUGGCCCCAGUAGUUGACAGUUUCAGUCUCAUGACCUAUGACUAUUCAACCCCACAACGGCCUGGUCCAAAUUCACCUCUUCCCUGGGUAAGAGCCUGUGUGCAGAUGCUAGAUCCCGAAUCCAAAUGGAGAAGUAAAAUUCUUCUUGGGCUGAAUUUCUAUGGCAUGGACUAUUCAGCUCUGGGUGCCUCUGGGGAACCUAUCUUUGGCAGCAGGUGCUGUGGUACUGAAUAACUCACUUCAACCAAACUUUUCAUGGAUAACCUCACUGUGGUCUCCCAACCCGAGAUAUCUGAAACUUGAUUUGCAGAAGCAUUGAGCACUUCCAACUGCAACUGAAGACAAUGGGAACUAAGCUUUGAGCAUGCCAUUUUAAAGGGGUUUCUUGAGCGUUUUAUAGUGUUCCAUUACAAAUAAGGUCCUUUGUGCUUCUUGUUGGGCAUACAUAUUUGUGCCUUAAAUUUGUGCCUCCUUCCCCCAUCUCUAAAGCAAGGGUAAUAGCACAAACCUUCAGGAUGUUGGGAAGAUAAACUGGGUUUUUGGUUGUAACUGUGUUGGUCUAAGGACAUAGGCAGGCAAGAUUCUUUGAGUAGAAGUGAUAUCUUUUAUUCAGUCUAAUAAAAGAUACCGCAUCUACUUAAAGGACCUUGCCUGCCUUGUGAAGAUAAAUGAAUUUUUUGGGCAACAUUGUGUUGAUCAGUGCCUUAGAGAAGUCCAAGAAAAAAACAGCCCCCACCCACAGCUUCACAGGCAGCCCAGUGCCUCCACUGCCCACCCUAACCUUCCUCCCAGAUGGACAUGCCACAUGGGCAGUCCCUCUCCUCCACUGCACACACAGCUCAGCUCCUUCCCUUGCUGAGCACGCAGCACAGGCACCCCAGAGCCCCCUGCCACUGUGCCACUCCAGGGUGGAGCAAGGAGGGGGAACCUGAAGACCCCAACCACUUCCACAGAAAGAGAAAUGGGGGGAGUAGCAGAUGGGUAGGAUCCUGCAGGUGGCAUACUCAGCCUUUGUGAGCCACCAGUUGGAUAGCCCUGAUCUGUGCAUUUCUUCUGGCUAUACAGCUCACCAUAAAUGUACAAAUCUGUGAAAGUUGCCAUGUGUCCUGUCUGUGCAUAUGCUGACCAUUCUUUAAUUCUGUUGGGAUUUUUAGCAAAGAAUUAAGAAUUUCUUUUUCUAAUAUCCUAUGCAGAAAGGGAAAACUAUGUGCCAGCAGGAGGCUUGGCUAGUAACACGCUCUUCUCUGAGGUGUAUCUGAGCCCACAUCAUAAACCAGAACUCUUGCUUUUAAUGCUACUGUGGCUGCAGGCACAGAAUGGAGCACUGUGUCAAGUGCGGUCUGUGAAUUUUAAACAGGAAAACGAGAUAGUUUCUGCCUAUCCGUGUUUGAUAAUUGUCCCCGUAGCAGUUCACGAUUCUGUGCACUCUUUGUGAAAAGAGGUCAAGAACCUUAAUCUGGUACUACCUGUCAAUGGAAAGUUUCAGUGCUCAGGGUGCUGCAUGCAUGCUGUAGCUGCUGAAAAGUAAUAGCUACUAUGGCACAAUGUGUUUGCCACCACAGACACUGAAGCACUGCACUUGAACUCAUUUUGUGAAGCAGUGGAAGAUAGCUUAAACAUGAAAUGCACUGUAUAAAUCUAAAAUUCUUGUCUCUGCUCAGAGUGGCAUUUGAAUCAUAGAGCGACUGUUUACCAACACAACCAAGCAAAACCGCAGCUGAGGGAUGAAAAUAGUCCAUUUUCAAUGGAAUGCUGUAAUUGCAUUCGUAAUAAUAAGAAAGGAGAGAAUAAAUCUUUAUCACAUUCAAAUAAGUUUCCCUUUUUUUUUUUUCUUUUUACAUGUAUAGUCUGAUGGUAUUUCAGGAUGAGCAGGGUCAGGAUAAUGGUUGAUGGAAAUCAGUUAUACCGUGUUUAGCUUGGGUGAUGGAAACUUUUCAUUUAAAAAUAAAAAGAUUUAAAGUGUAAUUUAUUCCUGUGAAUGUUAUCAUGAGGAGAAGAAUUUUGCCUAUAAUGAGACUUAUGUUAUAGAAGAGCUGGUUUUAAUCAACCUUGCAGAAAUAGAGAGAGAAGUCUUAAAUAAUGCUACCUUAGAAUCAUAUUGUUGCCUGCUGAGUUAUCUCCAGGUACAACCAUAAAGCAAUGCAUUGCAAAGUGGGAAUGGGUUCAAAUCAUUGAUUCGGUUUAUCGAAAGAACACUGUGCUUUCGUUUGGGAGAUGACAAAAAGCCCAGUAAUGUCCAGUCAGGAAUGAUACGAAUAGAGUUAAAGUCAACCUUCCACCUAGAGAAAGGGAAGCUUUAUACACAAGCGGCAGGCUGGCAUGCUUGAGAGAGAAAGUUGUUAAUGAUUUUUAUACAGCCCCUAUUUCUGUAGUGUCUGAGUAUCUCAUAGUCUUUUAAUUUAUUGAGUCUCACAGCACUCUAAUGAGGUAGGAAGCACAGCUGUUGCCAUUUUACAGUAGAAAAACCAAGGCACACAGAGAUGAGGUUUUUGCCUACAUGUGGAAUUUAUUGCAAAGUCAGCUAGGGUAUGAAUUUACAAGACAAUAGCUACUGCAAACUGACUCUUCCCAAUUUCACUCUCAUAACAUCAUGUCAGUGGCCAUGUCUACACGAGACGCAGACUGUGCAGUAGCUCGUUACUACUGCGUGGUAGCGUCACAUGGCACAAAGUGUGAUGUGGUGCUACUGCGCAGUAGUAACAAAUUAGUGUGCAGUCAGUGUUACCUAAAAGCUGUUUGGUGACACUACUGCACAGUAGCUCUGGUUACUGCACAGUCACUUGAUAUUUGUGUAUGCAAGUAAGAGGCAGUUUGCUCCAAUUCCAAAGUAGGAAAGUGAAGUAAGCUACUGCACACUGAGGCUGGCCACACGGGGUGUUAGUUCAGAGUAGCUAGUUUGCCUGUAAAUUCAUAUCCUAGCUUACCACAUACUAACUUCCCCAUGCAGAAAAGCCCUAAGUGAUUUGCUAAGGUUAUAUAGGCUGUGUGUGGUGGAGCAGGAAAUAUCCUGGGACUUGGAAGCCCAGGCUCAAACACCCUAACAUCCGUCCUGUCUGAAUAAAACAAAUCUAUCUUGAAUGUACAUAGGUAGGUAGUUAGCUGUGUUAGCCUGAAGUCAGGCAGAAAGCAGAGUAGAGAGAGACUUUAUAGAUGAACUAAAUCAGAAUUGGAUAAGUUUUUGCCAACCCAAGCAUCUGAUGAAGUGAGAUGCAAUAAGUGAACUGGGCAACAUAAAGUAAAAAUGUGUUGUCCACAGUUCCCAAGCUAAGAAGAAAUGCAGCACACAUGUAAGCUACCUAUUUCAAAAGACCUAGCUAAGCUUUUUAUGAAACAGCUUUAUUCAGCAUCUACCAGUGACAUGUAAUAUUGAAUCUUGUUGGAGUGGUGGCCUAGAGAUGUGUCUUGCAUACUAUCAGCUGGGAGAAAUGAGUUCAAAUUCCUGAUUUAAGUGUCCUAGAAACACUCCACAAGGACAUUCAAGCACCACAGUGGGUGAGCUACAGCAGAGCCAAAUAUGGAAAUACAUAUGUGAAUACAUUCCUGUUUCUUUAAAAAAAUAUACAGACUUAGCAAUCUGCAUAACUGGCUUAAAAAAUAUUAUUUGCGACUGAUGCAUCCAGCUGCUGGCGGGAGGAUAUCACUGAGUAAACUGUUCAACCUGUUCUAUAAACCUUGUAUGAGCAUGGGUAAAAUAGCUUUUUAAAAAAAAAAACUGAUUGUUUAACUUUGUUAGUGUUCUGAAAAGAACUGUAAUUCUGUACUUGUGAUUUUAAUUUAUAGGUACAUUGAAACCCUGAAGGAACACAAACCGAAAAUCAUUUGGGAUGAACAAAUAGCUGAACAUUAUUUUGAAUACAAGAA